AUGAAUAACACUGCAGUGAACUUCACCACACCUGAAGCAUCCACAGACUCCAUAACUCAGUCUAUUGGACUACUAAACAGUCUGGAAAUGUGUGCAUGCAGCAUCUGCUUCCUUUUUGGUCUUCCUACACACUCCUAUGUUGUAUGGCUCAUUGUCACAGGAACAGGAAGUGGCGUUGUAUCAGAGUUCCUCAACCUCAAUCUCUCUGUUUGUGAGAUUGGUAACAGUAUCAGUGCAGUGUUUGUUCUACUGUCAUACUUUUCUUCACUUUUCAAAAUAUUAACAAAUUUUGUGCAAGGACUAGGCGUCACUGGCCGUCCUCUGUUUCAGUGUCUGAUGUGUGUUGAGCGUUACCUGGCAGUGGUUCAUCCUGUAACCUUUCUGAAGUUCAAACCUCUCAGAUAUAGGGUGAUCUGCUGCAGUGUGGCCUGGAUAAUCACUCUUAGUUCUUGUUUAUUCUGCUACUUUACUUUAGUAUCACUCAACACAAAGGCAUAUGUAUGGUUUUUCACAACAGAAUUGCUCCUCUUCCUCUCCAUCCAGUUGUUUUGUCUUGUGGCUGUUCUCAGAGCUCUAAAGCAGUCAGGACCAGGAGAGAGAAAGAGAGAGAGGGAGAAUGAAAACCACAUGAAAAAAAGAGCAUUUUAUCUUAUUCUGAUAACAACAGUCAAUAUGAUUAUCCAAAAUGUCCCAUUUACUAUCACAGGAUUCUCUAUCAUUCUAACUGAACAGGAUUUACUUGACGUUUGGUUUCCUGCUUUACUUUUUUAUGUGCUGACUGGUUUUGUGCAGCCUGUUCUUUAUUUGCAGCGGACUGGAAAGCUUUUCUGCCUCUGUUCAUCAUAAAACAUGUUGCUUUAGUAUUUAGCAUUAAAGGUAGGGUAGGCAUUUUUUUUUUUUUUUUUUUUUUUUUUAAUAAACACUUUUUGUUAUAAUGGUUGAAACUCUCACAUCCUGAUAGCAAUCAAUAAUAGAAGUGGUCUAAAUAUAAAAAAAAAAAAAAAAACAUAUAUCUUCUGUGGAAGUCUCAGGACCAAAAAAUGUUUGUCCAAUCAUCGCAUUCGGUCCGAAUGUCGCCGGCGCCGCCACUGCGCAAUAGGUAGGCUACCCACAAAUUACCACGGGAUGGCGGGUGCUCUUUUCAUACUCUCCGGCAACUUAUUUAACAUAUAAAUUAAGAUAUAUGUCCAAAAAAAAAAAAAAAAAGGGUAAAGAAAUGCUAUAUACUUUGUAGUGGUAUUAUCGUGGCGUAAUAAUCUGUUUGGUUGUAAAAUGUAGGCUAUUGGCUGUAUGAAUUGAAAUCCAAUGAA